CGAAUUAACAAAAAACCAGUACCAUAACCAACCAAGCCGAUAUCAACCGAAUUCUAAACGUUUCUUGGUGGUUGGUAGAUGAGGUGAGAUUUUUCUAGGGUUUAUCUUUCCACCGUCAAUCGGAUCAAGUCCCCAUAUAGAACCUGAAUCAAAUUCCCAAAUCGAUCACUUUAUUUUAUUCCAUUUAGGGUUUUCAAUUCGCAGCAUUCGUCCAUCUGUGGCAAUACAAUACAAUUCAUGAUCAUGGAUAAUCCCUCUGUGCAAAACCCUCCAACAAUCGAUGAAGACGACGAGUGGGACAAUGAUGACUUUGUGAUCCCAAGUUUGGGAAUUGAAGAUCCAAAUGAAACCACAACAAAUGCUCCACAAGUAGAAGACUCAAAACACACAACUGAAGUUAAGAAAGAGGAAACCAUAUAUCUCGGGCCACAUGGAGCUCCACCGUCACAAUCAAAACAAGAUGUAAACUUGUACGGACGAAAACAAAGAUUCAAGCAGAAACUGAAAGACGCUGAUCAGAGAAUUAGCGGGUCGGGUCGAGAAAACAAGCUUGAAAAUAUAAGAGAUCUUGUUGGUGGUAGCAAGAUGCAUGUUAAUGCCUCCAAGAAUUCUAGGGAGUGGCUGGACCCACAUUGUCAUGAGUCUGAGUUUGAAAAGAGACAACCUCUAUAGAAGGUUUCGACUGUUGUGAGUUUUUGAACUAGUUACUUGGACUACAAGUUUCUUUAAAAUGAUGUUUUAUAUCAACAUGUAACUUACUUUGCAAAAGUUAUCAUUAUAACACAAUUCUAUUGUGACA